AUGAACCUCAGCCGACUAUGGCACUGGUUAAUCCCGAUAUUAUCCAUCGCUGUACGAGCCGACUAUGCCCCGUUGAGCCACAACUGUGCCUUGUUUCCGGAGCGCCAGAUAAAAGUCACGCUGGGGGUGUUGUUGCCGGAGAGUUAUCGCGUUUCGGUGGGAACGGCAAUCGAAUUGGCUUUGAAGCAUGUCCAUUCGAAUCCGAACUUGAUACCUAAUUAUUGUAUCGACAUCUUGUAUCGUGAUACCCAGGUAAGUGGGUUUAAUUUGAUUGGAUAAUUGUGAAUAUACUGUGAUUUUGGUUUUUGUCUAUUAUAACGUCAUUCCACAGGUAGGUACCUGUACGCGAAAAAUCGAAAAAAAAAUUUUUUGAAAAAUCGGUCCACAGGAAAAAAAAAUUUUUUUGGGUCUCCACCCCCCCACGAAAACUUUAGUAUUGCAUAGAGGUGUUCUGAAGUACUAAAAAAAUAUAGAUAAUUAAAUUCCAAAAACCAAGGGGUACCGCCACGAAAGCUUUAAAACAUCAACUUGGAUCCCAACGAGAAAGCCUUAAUCCCUCAUUUUCAGUGUAAAACAUCGCUGGGAAUGAAGUCAUUGUUUGAGUUAAUGAACGCGGAACGUCGACCAGUCGCAUUAUUCGGAAGCAUGUGCACCACCGUCAACGAGCCAGUAGCCAUGGCUUCGAAGUACUGGAAUAUACUACAGUUAUCGUAUGCCGAAAGCCAUGCCAAGUUCAGUUCGGCCGAUGCGAAUGAGGUAAUUGUCCCCUACCCUUAAUCUUACCCCACCUACCCCUACCCUUACUCCUACCCCUAUCUUUAAUUUUUCCCCUACCCUUAUCAGUAACCCUAGCCCUACUGUACCAUACCCUUACUUCAACCCCUAUACCUAUGCUUACCCAAGGCCCUAGUAGUACAAUAUAUCGCCUCUAGCACAGUAUAACCUUCCUCUUUCCAGUUAUACCCAACAUUCUUCCGAAUAGUGCCAGGCGACCGGAAUCUGAUCUCAGCACGAUGUCAUCUGAUCAAGUACUUCAACUGGUCAAGAGUAGGUACCAUAAAGCAGAGUGAUCAACCACGCUACUCAUUGCCACAUGAAAGUCUAACAACACAAUUGGAGAAUACAUACGAUAUACAGGUGAUCUACACGGCUGGGGUGUCGUCGGAUCAGUUGAAGAACAUUGCUUAUGAACUGAAUGAGUUGAAGGUAAGGGAAUGUUACCUAAAAUAAUGUGGGAAAAGCUUUUUUGAAUUGAAAGACAUACCUUUUUUUAUGUCAUAAUUGGCUGUAAAGUGGAUAUUAAUGUAGGUAUAGAGGCUGUAGAUCAAAAAAUGGCUUUGAUAUUACCUAAAGUAAAGAAAGAGAUUUUAAAAAAUAAAAAGAGACCUUUUCAAAUGUCAUAACAUACCAUAAUAUCAAUAUUAAUGUAGGUAGAAUCUGAAAAGUCAAAAACAUAGUUUUUGUUACCUAAAAUACGCAAAUUUUGCCUAAAAUUCAAAUUUCCAGACCCGGGACGCGCACAUCCUCGUAGCCGACAUGGAGCAAGAACUAGCUCUACACGUCCUCUGUGAAGCCUACCACAAAGACAUGUAUGGAGUGGACUACUUGUGGAUACUACCUGGUUAUCAUCAGAGCAAUUGGUGGUUGGAUGUGAGCGAAACCAACUGUACAUUCGAAGAGAUGGAGAAGAUACUCGAGUAUCAUUUGUCAGUCGAAUUCGCCCCGCAAAGGGUGAACACGGCUGAGGUGGUGGUAUCUAAUCACUCUGUCGAUGAUAUCUUGGGUGAUAUCAAUGGUGUCUGUCUAUCAAACUCAAAACACUCGUGUGAAGCCUCGGUAUACAACACCUAUGCCUACGAUGGUAUAUGGUCUUUAGCACUGGCCCUAAACGAGACCCUGUAUGGCCCUGGUGGUCCACAAGGAUACGAAGAGAGUGCCGAAAUCACAGCACAUCGCCUACUACAACUCAUGGGCAAAACUCAGUUUGAAGGCGUUACUGGCAGAGUAAAAUUCAACCAUAAUGAGAGAUUAGGGCUGGUAUACGUUUACCAAUGGGUCAAUGGGUCGUACAUGAACAUGGGGUACUAUGACAGCACGGUGGACAAGUUUGACGUGCGCAAAAUUGAUGAGUGUAAGUUUUUGGGUAAUAGUUAUUGAUGUUUUAGGUAACAAAUAUUGAUUUUUUAGGUAGUAAUGAUUAAUGUAGAGUAUUUUAGAUGUUUUGACCACCAACUUGGCAAAAUUACCUAAAAUUUAAAAAACAAUUUUUAAAUCGUAUUUUACAAAAACCUCAUUCCAGCCUGGACCGUACCCCUAGAUUCCACCGUUGUAAUCCGCCAACGUCGUUACAUUAACUACUUCUUACUGGGUGUAAUGUGUGCCAUAGCCAUUUUCGGCAUCAUGGUAGCCACCUUGUUCUUGGUGUUGAACAUAAAAUAUCGCAAUUCGAAAUUCAUCAAAAUGUCCUCGCCCAACAUGAACAAUGUCAUCAUCUUUGGCUCAAUGUGCUGCUACGCAUCUGUGAUUUUACUUGGCAUUGACACGCGAUUCAUCAGUCCGAAGGCAUUCGAACGGCUUUGUUAUGUAAGUGGGUUAAUAUUGAAAGGAAUGGGGAGUAAUUGAAGGGAACGGAGAGUAAUAUAAGACGAAUUUGGUAGGAAAAGGUUGGGGAGAGCCAUAUCUAAAUUAUGAAAACAAAAUUUUACGUUUUCGAUCCACUUUUUGUAGAAAAACUGCCCAAAAAUAUAUAUUGUAAAUGAUUUUCGCUUAGUCUUCAAAGAAAGCGAUAAAACUGAAACAUUCUUAGUUUUAAUUUGAAUAAAUUAAUUAAAAAUAUCUUCAGCAAGGUCUUCUCCAUCUUUUAAACACAAAUUCUUCAAGUUUUUACCUAAACUUCAAAAAAUAUAGCUCAAAACAUCAAACCAACCUAAAACAAUAUCGGAAAACUAAGGCGUUUGACGAAAGUCCUUUUUUUUUACAUUUAUUCCUUUAGAGAACUUUAUCGUGCUCUUCCUUAUUUCCUUUUCCAAUAAUUAAUACCUAAAGAUCAAAAUAAAACUAAUAAAAAUCAAACUCACCUAAAACAAUAUAACUUUAGAUCAAGACCUGGGUCCUCAGCGUCGGCUUCACAUUAGCGUUUGGCUCAAUGUUUUCCAAAACCUGGAGAGUUCAUUCCAUUUUCACCAACAUUCGAAAGGAUAAGAAGGCGAUCAAAGACGCCCAGUUGUUCAUGAUCGUCGCCAUGUUGUUGUUCAUUGACGGGCUGAUUCUGGGCGCUUGGUCGAUAAUCUCGCCUUUUCGGUUCAAAAUCACCGAACAUGAGCCUGUUGUAGGUUUCGGCAGUUUUUUUGUUGAUUUAUGUAAAGAGUAUUGAUAAGCUACCUGUGGACCAAAACAGGUAGCUUAUCCACCCCCCCCCCCUCCCAGAAAAAAUCCGUAGCGACGCCCCUGAUCAUGAUAGUUUAGCCGUUUUUUAUUGUUGCACCAGUUUUUCGGUAAAAAAACAUGAUUAUAGGUUGAUAGAGUAAAAUACGACGUUCUGCGGAAGUUCUAUUGAUUUUUUUCAACUUUUCAUUUGAUUAUGUUACUUUAGAGGGUUCAAAAUCAGUUAGUGAUCCCUGAGCUGGAACGAUGCCAAAGCGACUAUUCUUUCCUGUUCCAAGGCAUCUUCUACAUCAUCAAAGGGAUGCUUAUGGUAUGUCUUGUCAUUUUUAUUACCUACUUUUAAAAAUUACUUUACUCUUUUUUAGGUUUUUCAAAAUAAUGGAUGUUGUUAUAGAUAUUUGGCUGCUUCCUAGCCUGGGAAACGCGUGCCGUCAACGUGCCGGCCCUGAACGACAGUAAAUACAUUGGCAUGUCCGUGUACAACGUAGUAGUGAUGAGUGUGAUUGGUGUGGUGUUGGCUGUGAUGCUUCAUGAUCGAGUUACUGAGCUUUACAUACUAACAGCUAUAUUGAUCAUCUUCUGCACGACCCUGACCUUGUGCUUGGUAUUUGUGCCUAAGGUUGUUGAGCUGUUUAGAACACCCAGAGGUACAGAUGCGCAGAGGUAUAGGAAGGGCAUGAUGAAGAGUGUGGUGGGGAAGAGCAGCAGUGAAAGGUUGCAUCGUCAGCUGUCCAUGUAAGUUUAUAUUGUAGUAGAGACAUAGCUCAUUAUUUUUUAUACAGUCUAGUACUAGGCCGUUAAAAUAAUUUUGCGCCCCUUUUCAAAGCAAAUUUUUCGGGUUUGGGGCACAGAAUUAAUUAAAAAAUCUAAUAUUAGGUUGUACAAAAAGUAAUGAGCUACGUUUCUUAUAGAAAUAUGUAGUUCAGUAGCUCAUUAUUUUUUAUACUAUCUAAUAUUAUGCGGGUUUUUGAUGGAAUUUUAUUUUACUUGACGUCCCGUGGUAUUGACAAAGGUUUAUAAUGCUUCAAGAUCACGUUGGUACUAUAAUUUUUGAUUUAUAGCGUUCUAACUAUUAAAAUAAUCAUGUUAUGAUGCGUUUAGUACUAUAAUAUUUAUCUUUUUAAAGGUUUAGUACUAAAAAACUUUAGUUUCUAGUAGAAGUAGUGCUAUAAUAUCAAACAUAUGAUAGUAUAAAUACUAUAAAAUAGCAUUUAUGUUAUUGUUUAUGUUAUGAGAUCAACUAAAAUUAUGUUUUUCAGCCGUGUAUCUGAAGGAAUCAAGGAGAAGAUCACGUUGAUAGAAGAAGAAAACUUGCGGUUACAUCAGAUAUUGGUUACGGUAUGUUUAUUUUGAACUGGAUGACAUAUUUUUUAUCCACUAUCUUCCCACUACCCCUAUUCCUACACUUACCCCUACUCUACCCCUAUCAUUAUACCCUUUGUAGCAAAGAAAUGACAAUUUCGUAUUUUAAUUAUUCUAGAGAUCCGCCGAGUUGUGGGACCUUCUGGAACGACUUCGACUGAUUGGCUCUCAAAAUUGUUUGGAUCGGAAUGGCAAAAUACAUGGUAGGCUUAAUAUAGAAACAAAAGCAAUAGAAUUCCUGUCUACGAAUCGCUCGGGGACUUCGAUUUUUUGUUAUACAAGGGUUUUGUUAUAGAGGAGUUUUUACAUGUAACAAAAUAUACUUUAGCAAGCAGAAGCAGUAACCUAUGUUGUGUGUCAUCUGAUGACAAUCCAUCUACUUCAUUGUAUGAGGCUAGUAAUCGACGAAGCUCUUCGAGUAGCUUGAGGUAAGUGAAUAUAAGGUUUACUUUCUCCUGCCAUACCUAAUCUUAUCUACCUUACUAGCCCUACCUUAGCCCUACAGUAGCCCUACUUCAUUACAGCAUAAUUUUAUGUUUUGUUACAGUAACCAUACCUCUUUGCAGUAUCAUUUUAUAUCUUGUUACAGUAACCCAUAUCGUAUAGUUUUAUAAAUUUCGUUACAGUAACCCUACUUCAUAACAGUAUCAUUUUAUAUUUAGUUUUAAAAAAUCUGUUACAGUAAGACGGAGACCUUCUCCUCACUGUUCCGUCGCCCUUCCAAUGGCAAAUCGGUGGUGGUAAAGCAGAAGAAUGAGAGUGGAUGGCCGUGGUUGGACCCUAGUCAGCCUUCCACUAUGUUGUAG